CCACCUGUCCCUGAUUGUCAGUCCAUGAAGAGGGAUAAUUCCAUGCGUCUUCCACUACAUUUCAACGGUGUCUGCCCCACCUCUGAUAGGAGCCUGGAGCCAAACUCCUCAGUGGGUAGUUCAGAUGACAGUGAGAUGGAUUCACAAGGAUCUGGUGUUACACAUCAAAGACGGAAGUGUGACAUAUGUGUGGGGCGCAUUCACAAAGCUGUCAAGUUCUGCACGGUUUGUAAGGCUGCGUACUGUGAGGACCAUGGUAGAGACCACUACAAGGCCCCAGGACUAAAGAAACACACGUUAGUGGAUGACACUGAUGAGCACGGCCAUGUUGAAAUAGAAAGGACUUUGACUCAGGUUGGCUUACGGAAAAAAACCUUAGGCCUUCUCUGGAUCGUCAUACUUAUACUUCUGGGUCUGGGAGGACUUUGGUAUCAUAUGAGUCCCACAGUGGAGGGUAAGGUGAGGCUUGACAUGAGGAUUGUUCUGCUGGGUAUGACUGGAUCAGGGAAGAGUUCAACAGGAAACACCAUCCUGGGGAGAGAGGCGUUUCGAGCAGAGGCUUCUCCAGUGGCUGUGACCACACAGUGUGAGAAACACAAUGUUGUUAUCGGCCAGAAUAGAAUAACUGUGAUUGACACCCCAGGUAUCUUGGGCACGUUCUUGCAACCUGAUGAAGUUAUGGUUAAAACUGCUGAAUGCAUUAACACCACACCUCAUGCCUUCCUGUUGGUGAUCAGGCUGGGGGAACUCACAGAUGAGGACAGAAAGUCAGUACAAUGGAUCCAGGAACAUUUUGGAGAGGAGGCUUUAAAGUACACGAUCGUUCUGUUCACUGGGGUAGACCAGCUAGAGGGGAAACCAGUAGAGAUGUUUAUAAAGGGCAGCAGCCAUCUACUACAAGUCAUUAACAGUUGUGGGGACAGAUACCAUGUCUUUAACAACAAGGACAAGAAUGACAACACUCAGGUCACAGAGCUGCUAGAGAAGAUAGAAGAAUUACUGAAUGAGUAUAGGGGUUAUCAUCAUGAGGCAGACUUGCUGACACAGGAAAGAGUUAGGGAAGAGGACAUCAGGAAGAGGGAGAGGGCUCAGAUAAUACAAGAGGAGGGGAAAAAGAUGGAGGCAGCAGAAAGAGAGUCCUGGGUUUCCAGCGAAGGUCCCCAGUCCGGGGUCUCCAGCGACGAUCCCCAGUCCAGAACAUUCGGCGAUGAUCCACGCAGCGAGGGUCCCCAGCCCGGGGCAUACGGCGAGGAUCCGCAGUCCAGAGCCUCCGACGAUGAUCCACGGGUCUGUGCUACAAGAGCGGACUCAGUGUAA